AUGGGGGGGGGGCUGCCAUUAAGUUUCUGGGUUGUUUCCACGAAAGUACAACAUAUUGUGGACUGUCACGUCAACGGUCCAAGGCGCCCCAUCAAGAUCAACCGUUCAGGAAGCAUGAGAAAGCUUAGAAGCUUCAAGAUUUACGGCCUACUUGAGAAAACUCUGACCAUCGUCUUCAAGAGGCAUCUGAGUCGGCGGCGAGCCCAAUCCGUCGGCGAUCGCAAGCAAAAUCUUGCUCAUCUCGUUCCUAAACUCGUCGAGAUCGACGGUCCUGCUCUUUUAUCGCAGUCGAACUUCUCGAAAAUCGAGUCGUAG